AUAGCCUGUCCAUCCUCGUUACAGUUUUGUCAGCUAAAAUUUAGUAAAUGCUUCUGCAUUGUUUUCGGGAGGAGGUGAUAUUUAAAAGCAGACUGCUCAGCCGUCAAGUGGGAGUACAAACAACUCCAAAAGCUUUGCCUAUAUUCUCUGCAGAUCAGCAAAACAAGGGAGACCAGCUGCAUUUCGUUAGAGCCUGAUGAAUAGGACAACAGCUUACUGUUUCGGAUGGAAAGUAAGAACCUCUUCCUAAGCCUAUUGCUCUGCUACAGUUUGCUCAGAGCCGCCGCUUCCCACAUGGUAAUAGAAGAGAAGACAGAAUGCACCUUGCCAAGGAGCAACAAGAUGAACCUCCAAGAUCUCCCACCCAUCUCCAUAGUAGACUUAACUAAAAGGUCCCAGAAAGUCAGCAGGAAAGAAGCAGAGAACAAGAAGUCUUCCAAGAAAAAUGCUGAACCGAAGACGUCUCCCAAGCCAAGGCCCACACCAGCUGCUGACUGUGUGCCAAACUUCAAAACCUGCAAACCACACUUGAAUUCAUGUUGUCACUACUGUGCUUUGUGCAAAUGCCGAAUUUUUCAGACCAUCUGCCAAUGUCUAAUGUUAAACCCAAAGUGUUAAGCCAAGCUGGGAAC